ACAUUAAUAUAUACACAACUUGCAGAAUUCGAUUGUUUGUUCGCAAGUUACACGAGUGUGAAAUAUUUUAUUCCUGAAAAUUCCUAACCUGUGAGUCCUAACCUUGUCUAUGCUGAUCAUCGCUCUCUCAAGUAGAAAAUAAAAUGUUACGCUGUUCGUUCACUAAUGAUGCCACACAAUCAUUCUGGAAAGGGAUAUUAUUGAUAGGACCGAUUUGGAUCCUGAUGAGUAUUUCUUUCCCAAAGAGAGCCUACAGGAAGCUAAAAAUAUGAAUCACAAUCACUCGUACUACUAGUAUAUACGUGAACAAAAUGAUUGCAAGAUUAUUCCAAAAUGCUUACGACGGAGGACAUGUACAUAUAUAUUUCAUAAGAUUGCGCUUUAGGAAGUAAACGUACACGCACAAACGUGCAAUGUACACUCCGAGCACGAAGAUUUUUUGGUUUGCGAUCGUCAGUAGACUCGCAAUCUUAAUGUUGCAAGUUAUUUUUAAUGCGUUAACUCCUGAUCAUCAUGCAGACGCGUUCAGAAGAGUUUUGGAUCCCAUGGAAAAAGUCUCCCUUUGGGAUCGAAUAAUUCUUUUCUCAUUUAACGGUUUCACACGCUGGGAUGGAGAAUACUUUUUACAUGUUGCGAGAUAUGGGUACACCUACGAGAAUACUCUUGCUUUUUAUCCAUUAUAUCCGGCCACAAUUCAUAUUCUUGCUGGUAUCUUGUCAAGGGUACUCCCUGCAUUGAACGUUCAAAGUACGAUGAUCGUUGCCGCGGUGCUCAUUAAUUUCGUAUGUUUUGUAAAAUCAGCUGUUACCUUUUAUCAUCUCACCGAAUAUGUAUUUCGAGAUGUCACGACAGCGUAUAAAGCAGCAUUGCUUUAUUGUAUAAACCCGGCUAGUAUAUUCUUCUCAGCUGUGUACGCGGAAUCCAUGUUCGCGUAUUUAACAUUUUACACCGUACUCGCAAGCAUGAAACGCACGUCUAUCCUACACUUUUCCUUCCCAUUGGCUCUGUCAACCUUGGCAAGAUCAAAUGGCCUCGUUAAUAUCGGUUUCCCCGUAUAUUUCGGCUUGAAACAUUUAUGCGAUCUUGCGUCGGCGAAGGGAGAGAAAUGUCGACGAAAACCUAGUGUACAAUUAGUUUUACAUAUUUUGAAACUGAUUACAUUAAGGAAUUGUUUCGACGUAUUGAGCGCGAUAAUUAUAUCGAUAUUUCCAUUUCUUCUUCUGCAAGUAUACAUCUAUGUAAAAUUUUGCGCUUCCACCCUCGAUAAAUCAUUACUGCCAAGUCACGUUUUACAAUACGCUAUGGAGAACAAUCUAAUUCUGCCAGGCGCGAAGGACUCGGAAUGGUGUAAUGCCAGUAUGCCUUUGGCAUACUCGUACGUCCAAAAGACGUAUUGGAACGUCGGGUUUCUACGGUAUUACCAGCUCAAACAGAUACCCAACUUUAUAUUAGCAUUUCCAAUUUUGUAUAUUAUGUUGCGAUACGUGAAGGAAUUCGUUUCGGAAUAUAGGAGUGAAUUGUUUUUGUUAGGAUUUUUCGAUAGUGAGGCAAGAAGUGAAAGUUCUACUAAAAUGAAGAAAUACCCAUUGAAUAUGUUCGUCUUUGUGAUACAUGGGUUAUUUUUGACUAUAUUUUGCUUAUUGUUUGUGCACAUACAAGUUAGUACACGUUUAUUAACUUCUGCAAGCCCUUUAAUAUAUUGGUAUUGUGCCUCGGCGAUGUCUCAUGAGUGUAUCGACCAUUCCAAUCGACAAUACGAAAUCAGAGAAAAUAUGUAUUCUAAGUGGAAAGUAUUUUUUUUAUCGCAGGAACGAUAUACGUUGCGGGAUAAGCUUGUGCUGUUUUAUUUUGUAGGAUAUGCAAUUGUAGGAUGUUUUAUGUUUUCAAAUUUCUUGCCGUGGACUUAAUAUUGUGUUCCUACGUUAUGCUCGCCUUUUGUGUGCUCCGCGUUGAAAGAAAUUUAGAGUUACACCGUCCUUUAUCCAAAGAACUAGUUUUAAUAACGAAUACUUGUUACAAAGAGCAUUUGUUAUGCAGACAGCAUAUGAUGAGAGAGAAAUAAAUUUCAAACUCCAACUGUAAAAGAAAAAAAAAGAAUACAUAUGCGCAAUUAUAAAAACGUGCAUUCAUCAUAAAAAAAAAAACGAAAGAAAUAUAAUUUAACAACAAAUUAUAAUGACAACGAAUUGCCUAUCGGACAUAUUAUGUUAUAUUGUACGUGUAUGUAUACUUUUAUUGUAACUGUAAAUAUACUUUUAAAUAAUU